AUGUGCACCAUAUCCCCAUCCAUGGAGGCCCUGGUUCGCUCUUCCUUCACUUCGUUUGGUUCAGCCCUCAAACCCUCUCCCCCUCGCUAUAAACCACCAACAUUUUUGGCGCAAAGAUCAUACCUUUCUUCCUCAAAUCCCUCCAUUUUGAACGCUUUAUCAGCGCCAUCUCGCUUCCUUCAAUCCGUUAUCCAAGCUGCACCAGAGGGUCCAACAGUGGAAGUUGGCACAGAGACGAGAGAAUGGGCAAUUCAAGACUUUUACAGCUUAAGAAAAGAAGUGGAAGCUGCCUCCGAGCGGGCUGAAGACAUUAGAGCCUCUGCUGGGCUGCAGCAGUUGGAAAAAGAGCUCGCUGAUUUGGAGUCAAAAGCAACCGAUAGCUCCUUUUGGGAUGAUCGAGCGGAAGCUCAGAAAACCCUUUUGGCUUUAACUGAUGUCAAGGAUAAUAUCAAGUCGCUCACUGACUUUAAAACCAUGGUUGAAGAUGCAGAAACUAUAAUUAAGCUGACAGAAGAGAUGGUCUCAAUAGAUUCUUCACUCCUUGAAGAAGCUACCUCUAUCGUUAAAGAGUUAAAUAAGGCAUUGGAUAGGUAUGAGGUGACUCAACUGCUUUCUGGUCCGUAUGAUAAAGAAGGUGCUGUUAUAUCUAUCACAGCUGGUGCUGGAGGCACUGAUGCGCAGGACUGGGCUGACAUGCUUCUUAGGAUGUAUGUAAGAUGGGGAGAAAUUCAAGGAUACAAAACAAAGGUGGUUGAAAAAUCACCUGGAGAGGAAGCUGGCAUUAAAUCUGCCACGGUUGAAGUUGAAGGCCGCUAUGCUUAUGGUUAUCUCUCUGGGGAGAAAGGAACACACAGGAUAGUGCGACAGUCUCCUUUCAACUCUAAAGGUCUUCGCCAGACAAGCUUUGCAGGCGUGGAAGUGAUGCCUCUUCUUCCUGAGGAAUCACUCGAUGUUGAAAUACCUGAAGAGGACCUGGAAAUAAGCUUUACAAGAGCCGGUGGAAAAGGUGGGCAGAAUGUAAAUAAAGUUGAAACUGCUGUCAGGAUUACCCAUAUCCCCACUGGUGUCUCUGUUAAAUGUACAGAGGAGAGAUCCCAGCUAACAAACAAGAUCAAAGCGCUUAGUCGGUUGAAAGCGAAACUGCUGGUGAUUGCAGAGGAGCAAAGAGCCUCUGAGAUCAAGCAAAUAAGGGGAGAUGCUGUGAAGGCCGAGUGGGGACAGCAGAUAAGAAACUAUGUCUUCCAUCCCUAUAAGCUUGUCAAAGACGUGCGCACAGCGUUUGAGACCUCAGAUAUCACUUCUGUGAUGGAUGGUGAAUUGGACUCCUUCAUCAAAGCAUACCUCAAGCACAAAUAUGCUCUAUCGAUGUCUAGCUAA